CCUCCAUCUUGGGCUUCCCGAGCUGAGGCGAAAGGGCAGCAGCCAUAUACACAGUAAUUCCAAAAUAACAACAAAACAGGGCGCGGCAAUAAAAAAAAAAAAAGGAAAGAAAGAAAGAAAAUUGGCAAAUUGCCGAGAUGUAACUUUUGUAUUUUCUUCAACAAAUAGCUUUAGAGGCGAACAGAGCGCGCAAGCAGAAUGGAAGAGAAAGACAGCGACUGGUCUGGAAGCCUCUUUUAACGACACUUGCACAGUCAGCUUUUACUCGGUCUACUUUCCUGAGGAUUUGACAGGUGACAAAGCCGAAAGGCUCCACUCACACCAGAAUGGGAAUCAAGACGCUUGCCAUCUUUCUGCUCGUCCUCUCGCUUUGUGUGGAGGGAGUGUCUGCCAAAGAAAAGGGAACAAAGAAGGGGAAGAAAAAAGGGAAGCAGGUUUACUGUCCGUCACAGCUGUCACCGGAGGAUCUGGCUCGAGUCCCUGCCAAUUCCACCAGUAACAUCUUGAACAGGUUACUGAUCACCUAUGAUCCCAGAAUAAGGCCCAACUUCAAAGGAAUUCCCGUGGAGGACCGAGUGAACAUUUUCAUCAACAGUUUUGGCUCCAUCCAAGAGACGACCAUGGACUACAGAGUCAACAUCUUCCUGCGACAGCGGUGGAACGAUCCCCGGCUGAAGCUUCCUCAGGACUUCAAGUCGGAUUCUCUCACCGUCGAUCCAAAGAUGUUCAAAUGUCUCUGGAAACCCGACCUGUUCUUCGCCAACGAGAAGAGCGCAAACUUCCACGACGUCACGCAGGAGAACAUCCUCCUCUUCAUUUUCCGUAAUGGAGACGUCCUCAUCAGUAUGAGGUUGUCCGUCACCCUUUCUUGUCCGCUGGAUCUGACGUUGUUCCCCAUGGACACACAGAGGUGUAAAAUGCAACUAGAGAGCUUUGGAUACACCACGGACGACCUGCAGUUCAUGUGGCAGACAGGAGACCCCGUGCAAAUGGACGCCAUCGCUCUGCCACAGUUUGACAUCAGACAAGAAGAUAUUGAUUACGGGAACUGCACAAAAUUCUAUGAAGGAACAGGGUACUACACUUGUGUGGAGGUCAUCUUCACUCUCAGGCGACAGGUUGGCUUCUACAUGAUGGGUGUUUACGCCCCAACCCUGCUCAUCGUAGUCCUCUCCUGGCUGUCCUUCUGGAUCAACCCUGAUGCCAGUGCUGCCAGGGUACCUUUGGGCAUCCUCUCGGUGCUCUCCCUGUCCUCCGAGUGCACCUCGCUGGCUUCAGAGCUGCCCAAAGUGUCCUACGUCAAGGCCAUCGACAUCUGGCUCAUCGCCUGCCUGCUGUUUGGUUUUGCCUCGCUGGUGGAGUACGCCGUGGUUCAAGUGAUGCUCAACAGCCCUAAGCGUAUCGAAGCGGAGAAGAUUAAGAUGGCAGCCAAGGAUAAAGCUGCGGGAAAGAUUCCUGCUACCAAGAACAACACGGUCAACGGGACGGGAGGGACGCCACUUCAUGUCAGCACCUUACAUGUGGCCGAGACUCGCUGCAAGAAGGUGUGCACCUCCAAAUCGGACCUGCGGACCAACGACUUCAGCAUCGUGGGCUCGCUCCCGCGGGACUUUGAACUGUCGAACUUUGACUGCUAUGGGAAGCCGAUCGAUUUGGGCGCCGGUGCUGGCAAAUCCCAGUCCAAGAAAAACAAGAAACCCCCUCCUCCGAAACCUGUGAUCCCCUCGGCGGCUAAACGAGUCGACCUAUACGCCCGAGCCCUAUUCCCCUUCACCUUCCUCUUCUUUAAUGUCAUUUACUGGUCCGUAUACUUGUGAUUACCUUGAAAUGAUCUUGUAUUUUUAACCCUUAAAACAUCACACACGUGGGUGCUUUGAUGAGCUGAAUAUUUUACAAAAGUAAAAAAAAUAAAAAUGAAUUAUUAUUCAUAAAAAAUAUACUAUGAAUUAUUAUUAUUACACUUUAUAUGACAAGAUCCACUCAUCAUUGUAUCAAAAUGAUCACAACUUUCUUUUCCUUAAGUGGAAAUAUAGCAUCUUGUAUUGAAAAACUUGAUUUAUUGAUAAUGGUACUCGAGAGGCUCCGACAGGAUUGCAGAUAUAGCUGUUGUGAUGAAUGGUGUGUAGACAAAUCCACUAAGAUUGAUUGAGUAACGAGCGAGCAGAAGACGCACAGAUCUAUAAAAGUAAAAUAUCUAAUCUAUAAAAUAGCUUUUUUCAUUUCCUGCCCUUGCAGAGCGGGUGUUUGUCCUAAAGUUCUGAGUUAAAGCACAGUUUAUUUAUGCUCUAAUGCAAAGUGUAUUUUUUGCAUGUUUUUAAAAAAAAAAAAGCAUGUAUAUGAAGAUAAAGCCUUUAAAAAAAGUAAAUAUAUGAAGUCAUUAGAUUGAUUAUUCUUAUGAGUUGCUCUUGAGAAGAUGAAGAGGAUUAUGUGAAACACUGUUUCCCAGUCCAGAUGGUCAUGUGACACUGCCGCACUCCUUAACUCAUGAUGUUUGCAACACUCUGCUCCUGUCCAGAUGGUCAUGUGACACUGCCACUCCCAUCACACUGUAACUUUUGACAUCCUCCACCUUGUGUAAAUGGGUCGCCCGUGAGGGUCGGCCAUGUUUGUGAAAUUUACAAGCAAAGAAUUAAAUGACUUUUCACCGGUU